AGAGUUCAUCUUGGUCUUUGCUUGCGAAUUCAGAGAGAAAUCUAAGCAGAGAAGAAGAAAAAAAUGACAACAGUCGGCGGAGUUGAGGAGAUCCAGGGGAAUGAGAACAGUCUCGCGAUCGACAGCCUCGCUCGUUUCGCUGUCGACGAGCACAACAAGAAGCAUAAUGCACUUCUGGACUUUAAGAAGGUGGUGAAAGCAAAGCAACAAGUGGUCGCUGGUACUAUGUACUACAUCACCUUGGAGGCAUCGGAUGGUGGUCACACCAAAGUCUAUGAAGCCAAGGUGUGGGAGAAGCCAUGGUUGAACUUUAAGGAGGUGCAAGAAUUUAAGCUUCUCGACUCUAGCACUUGAGCUAGAUGACCGCUGAUGAUGAAGACUAUGUGAAUAACUUAUGGUGUCUCAGACUUGAGGCAUAAAUAAAAUCACACUGUGAUGUGGAGUUCUAAAGAUUCUAAUAUUAUCGCGUUUGGUAUGGACGUGUAUUUCAUACGACUUUGAAUUUCUUUAAUAUAUAGUAUUGCAUAACAUGUCUUCUAUUA